AUGUCAUCGGUCGAAGAAGUGUCAGACGACUUGACGGCACUGGUCACAGAGUCAUGUUCUGCGGAUCCUCUAGAGGACAAAAUUGAUCAAGUAAAGUCGCAGGAAGGUUCUUCAUCGAAAGAACUGUGUGCCAUGCCUGACCCUGAGGCAUCUUCAAGUGCGCAGAGAAAGCCGCCGCAAUUGAAGCCUGAUGAUAUUGCUCACCGUAAUCUCGAGAGGUCUCUGGGUGAAGACUUCAGCAAUCGUCGGAGUCCUAAGGAUUCUCCCACCCGGUGGACUGACGUUUUUUCAUCAAAAAGAAUUAGGAGAAGAAUACACAAGCAUUUUGGGGACUCGCGUGUGGAAGAUGAUCGAGACAUCACUGAUGAAAUGGUUUCAGCUACACAGGAGUUGCGAUCGCUGUCAUCAACAGAGCUCACUGGGCGAGUUGAGCAGGUGUUGAAAGAUAGGAACAUUGAUCAAAAGAAGAUCGACACAAUGCUGGAUAAGAUGGACGAUGAAAGAAAGCGGUUAAUUCUAACUCAACACCUUAAAACUGAUGUUAGCUGCACGAAGAAGGCACCAGCAAUGAUGAUUGACCAGCUUCUUGAAGUGUUAGAUAGUGACAACGUGUUGGAUAGAAAAAAGGACAUCGUCACGUUAAAAGUUAUUCUCGCAGGGGAAGGUGUUCGCUAUUUGUCUGAGUUUGCAAGAAACGGCAACAAACGCAGUGAUGAGAAUGGCUUGCAACUGAUCUGUCGACUAUUUGGAGUGAUUUUACAACAAUUGGGCGCCUGUCAAGAAGACACAAAUGAAUCUCGCGAGCUCCUAUCGCUACUGAUGGAAGUUGUUCGGUGCAUCCGCACGAUAAUUAACACAUAUCCUGGAUUGGAACUCGUGCUACAACGUGAAUCACGGGUCGUUGGGCGCCUCAUCGAAGGUGUCUGCGCCAUAAACAAAAGAAGAGCUAAAGAGGGAGAGGAAACGGAAGUAGCUCGUGUUCUGAGAGCAGAAAUUGUGAAGAUCUUGGCGUCUUUGGGUAUGGUGAACCAAGAAUCUACAAAGAAUAUUAAAAUGGAGAUGUCAGGUGCUCAGAAAAUGAUGAAGGAGCUUACCUUGUUAGCCGCAAGAAAUAAACAGCCAAGGUUCAAACCAAUUUUGGACUGUCUGCGAUUCUGUAGAGAUUCCGAUGUAGAUCAUGUGUAUCGGAUUCUCAUCAUCGUGAAUCUGCUCAUUCACAGCAGUGAUCAUGACUUAAGCGAGGAACAAUCGUGGCAAGUUCGAAUGGCUCUCCGUUCUGAGUUGAUGAGAGACGGCUUUGGAAAAUACAUUCCUAAUAUUGUUCUGCUGUCGAAGACGGAUGAGCGUAUUCGCGAGGUGUACAGCGCCUUCACUUCAAUCCAAGAUGAUGAUUUCAACGAACUAGUUUCUCGCUUCGAAACUUUGCGAGGUGAGUAUGAAACACUGGGUGGAUGUUUUGAACUUUUGGUUUCAACAAGUGCGAAUACAGCAGUUGAGCCGGUUUUGUUAAGCAUUUUGCAGCAUUUUAUGCUCAUACCUGAAGAUGUUUCAAUCAGGCUUUCGUAUUUUCGUCUUAUUGAAAAUUGUGUGAGCGAAAUUGUCCUUCACAAAAAUGGAGUAGAUCCUGACUUCGACUCACAAUUUCGCUUCGAGACACCUGUCAAUGAGAUUAUAGAUCAGCUACAAGAUGCGGAGUUUUCGCGGAAGCUUGAACAAGCUGUACAAGCCAAGCAGGAGGCAGUAGCCAAACAGAUGCAGUAUUGGCAAAAACUUGACGAAUUCCGCAAAGAAGCAACCCUUCUCAGGAAACACAUUGCAAAUCCUAACGAACCGAUUCCACCCGCAACAACCUGCACUAUCCAACAGCCAGUUGACCAGGCCAUUCCAUCGACCAGCCGACUUCUUGCAGUCGAGGCGGGAUCAAACUCGAGUAGCUUGCCACCUAUCACUGGUGGCCCUUCUGCACCACCUCCCCCUCCUCCACCUGGACCAAGGAUGGCUCCUCCUCCUCCUCAACCUCCUCCUCCGGGACCGCCGCCACCACCACCACCACCGCCAAACAUUCUUCGUAGCGGUACCGGACCACCAGGUCCACCACCACCUCCACUUGUCAGCGGGUCACUGCAAGGACCUGCACAACCUGCAAUUCCUGAUUUUCUUUCUGCCAAGAAAAAACGUGUUGUCGAUGUGCCUAUGCGGAAGUUCCCGUGGACCGGUAGUGCUAUCAAUCCUCGAAGUUUGGAUCGUGACUGUUUUUGGGCCACUACAUCAGAAGAUUGCUUGGCUAACGAUUCACUUCUUGAGCAAUUAAAAGAGAAGUUCGCAACCUCGAAAGCUGGUGCAAAAUCCAACGACGUCCCGAAAAAUGCCAAACCGGCCAAAAAAGUGAAGCAAGCUCAAAUAGUUAAGGACGAGAAAAUCCUUCAAGCACUUGCUAUUCUUCAAGGCUCGGUCAAGCUUUCCCACAAACAGUGGCGAAAAGGACUGCUAAAAAUUGAUGACUCGUUGCUGUCUGCUAAUACUCUCCAACAGCUUCGGUCUGCACUUCCACCAUUAGAUGUGAUCAAAAAGCUGUCCGAGGUUCAACCAUCUUCGUUGGAUGAAAUGCCGGAAGGAGAACAAUUCCUUGCCUCGUUAGCAUCAAUUAGAGCUUUGCCGCUGCGACUCGAUCUUAUCAUAUUCAAACUUCGUUUCCAAGAAAUUUUGAACGAUCUGAAACCAGGAAUUUCAUCGGUGAUGGAAGCAUGCGAUGAAAUUCGACGGUCACGGGGUUUCAAAACUUUUCUCGAACUGGUUCUUCUUUUCGGGAACUUCAUGGGUCAGUCGUCAAAAACUUACAAAGAUACGUUUGCUUUCGAGAUGAAUGUACUUACUAAGCUGAUGGAUACAAAGGAUGUAGAUAACAAAUUUACCCUUCUCCACUACAUGGUUGACUCGAUGAGAAAAUAUGACGCCAAAAAUUCUAGAUUCACCCAAGAAGACUUUUACCACUGUGUAGCUGCCGCACGAGUCAACGGUGAGGAAGUGGAGAAAUGUGUAGCAGCUCUUCGUCAGGACGUUAACAAGUUGCAAAAUAGUUUGAAAACAUACCAGAAACAGUGCGAUGACGACGCUUUCGUUGAAGUUAUGUCGCCUUUCUUAGUGAAGGCUCAGACAGAACUGGAAAUUAUUGAAACGAUGCAUAAUAAAAUGAAAUCUGAUUGGACGAAAUUCGCUAAGUACUAUGCGUUUGAUCUCAAGAAAUAUCCCAUGGAGCAAUUCUUCAUGGAUAUGAAGACGUUCAAGGAACAGUACGAGGGAGUUUACCGCGAGUUGGAAAUGGAGCGCCUCAGGACCGAAAAGGAAAAUGAGGACUCGAAAGCGAAGAAAAGAAGAGCCGCAUCACCCGCUAAAAAUCAACCGGCUCGAGUUGGCCUUGCUGCCAGUCGUCUUCAGACAGCCAUCGAUUCCCCGGGUGUGUUAGACGAACUCGAUAAAAUGAUGGCAGUGGGCGGAUUGGCGAAACUCCUACAGGGACCGAGGACACCCCGCAGCAUGCCUGCAGGACGGACUAAAACGGGAAGGGCUGCCUUGCAGCGUCAACGAUCGAGAGGAGCAGAUUUCCUUCUCCGUGAAGCUCUUGAAGAGGACUCCGGAAAGAGCAGCAGUGGUCGCGCACCGUUUUCUAUUUUGCCUCCCGCUCCUGAAAAGGUGCGAAUUCGUAGGAAAGGUGCACCUACAAUUGAGGUAGCGCUGCGCCCAUCUGAAACCUCACCCAGCCACAAAGAAAACAAUGGAAUGUCGCCAACAACCGAGGAACUGCUGGCGCGGCUUCAACAGCAUACAACAAAAGUUGUUGCUAGACGAGAGCAGGCGGAUCCUGGACACGGGGUCGCAUGUUCUAAGAUCCCUUCAUCCACACGGAAGGUAUGGGUUAGCAACAAUAAGCCGGAAAAGAGAAGUUCUGAUCAAGAAUAUAUUCUGAAAUUGAAAGACUUGUUGGAGAGAGGAAAUCAUUCCACUGCUCAGAACAAACAUACACAGCACAACUUAAGGAUCGCCUCUUUUAUAUACAAAAAUAGCCCUAGAGGCGAAAAAAGGCAGUUGUUGCAAGCCGAGUCAGUCCUACAAAGACAGUUCGAGAAAAACAGGAGAUAUAUGCAUAGUACUUACUACACAUCUCAUGCUCUUAUCAACGUCUUUUUGUGGCAGUAA